AUUUAUUUGUGAAAGCAGAAUAUGGGUAAUAUAUGUCGCUCCCAGAAAGAUCAUAUUCAAGAGAUCAUUGAUAGGGAUGUUCAUAAUUGGAGGGAGUGUGCUCUUGACUCUAAAAUGACCAUGAAGAUCCCUUCGAAUAAUCCAGGCACACAGCUCAGUGAUUACACUGAUAUAGAGUACCUAUCGAAGGGGCAUUUUGGUAAAGUCUAUAAGGUUAGGAGCAAACUUGAUGAUAAAAUCUACUGUUUGAAAAGUCUGAACAAAAAUGCAAUUUGUCAAGAUGAAGAGUUCCAGAAUUUAGCUGCUGAGAAACAAAUUCUGAGCUCAAUUGACCAUCCAAAUAUCACUAAAAUGUAUUCCUCAUUCCAGACAAAAAAUCGGCUUUAUUUUGUUAUGGAUCUUGUCUCAGGGGGAGAGCUAUUCUACCAUCUUAAGCAAAAGAAAAAGUUUAAUGAAGAGAUAACCUGAUUUUAUGCAGCUCAGAUUGUGCUGGCUGUUGAACACUUGCAUAAGAAGAAUAUUCUUUACAGGGACUUGAAGCCAGAAAACAUUCUUUUGGAUGAGAAUGGCAAUGCAGUCCUGAUUGACUUCGGUCUUGCCAAAUUAGGCAUGACUAACAACAAAACUACCAAGACAGUCUGUGGAACUCCAGAGUACAUUGCUCCUGAAAUUAUUGAAGGCAGACCUUAUGACAAGUCAGCGGACUGGUGGAGUCUUGGCGUUCUUAUCUAUGAAAUGCUCACUGGCAAACAUCCUUUUAAAACCAAGAACAACGAUGUAUACUCAAUGUACAAAAGAAUCUGUGAGAUCCCAGUUAAGAUGAGGCCUGAGCUCUCAAGUGAAGCCAAGUCAUUGAUUAACGGGCUUUUGACCAUCAAGAACUUUAAUAGGCUUGGAUAUUCAGAUCUGGGAGCUGAGGAAAUUAAGUUCCAUGAUUUCUUCAAGAGUAUCGACUGGGACUUACUUGAAGCUGGUAAGCUGCAUUUCCCAGCUGUUACCUCUUUUGUUAGAACCGCAAUUUCAGGAGGUAAUAAUUUUGAAGAGUCUAAGGAAUUUCAAAAGCGAAAGAAAACACAAAGGAGAGAUAACCCGGUUGAAGAAUUGCUUGCAGAACUUUCUGAUGACGAACUCAAUGAUUCCAAAGGAGUUGACAUUGAACAGAUCAAAAGAAUCAAACACCUCUCUCUAAAAAGGAACAGAACUCAGAAGCAACCAACUUAUAGAUAUUUCGAGAAUUUUGACUUUGCAGGAGCAGGAAGGACCAGCAUUACGUCUUAAAAUUCAACCAGA